AUGACUUCAUGUACACCAUGUCACAUGCAACUUGUAUCAUUAAAUUACAGACUAUAUGAUCAGAGUCAUGAAAGACCUACGGUAGUUAACAAUGUCGAUGAAAUAAGCGGACCAACAAUAGCUGAACUUCGAAUUCCUGCAGAUCUUUCGCCAUUGUGGUAUAAUCUGACGAUUAAAAUAUAUUUGCCUGGUUUUGUGGAUUUUCCGAAUGAAAAGAAUUUGACAUUCGAUGGGUCUAUCUGCAUUAAAUUUCAAGAUGAAGAAAUGUAUCAUGAAACGAGCGAAAAAACGAUUGAGAAACGCUCGUAUAAUGAUUCUUCGAAUUUGGAAAUGUACGAUGGUGAAAGCAUCAAUGAUGUCCAAGAACAAAUGCACUUUCAGGUUACUACAAUGUAUGUCGAUGAAGCUCGCGAAAAGGUGACUUUUGAAUUGAGCGAGGAACUUAUCAAAGGGAAUAAUUAUUAUCUUCAGUUUAAUUAUUCUGGGUCCAUCGAAGAGAAACUCGUUGGUCUUUACUUGAGCCGUUACACUGAUGAUUUUGGCCAAAAUAGGUUUAUGGCAAUCACUCAAAUGGAACCUGCUCGAGCCCGAUAUAUGGUGCCUUGCUUUGACGAACCUGAGUUUAAAGCAGUGUGGAAAUUACAAAUAAUUCAUCCGAGUGGGACUACAGCAAUAUCAAAUGGAAUGGAAAUUGGCAGUGCCGUUCAAAUGGAUGAUUCAAAUUGGCUUCUAAGCUCAUUCGAGGAAAGUUUACCUAUGUCGUCAUAUUUGCUUGCUCUCGCUGUUACAGAUUUCGCUUAUAAUGAGGGAACUACUAAUAAAGGAAUCAGGUUCAGAGUAUGGUCUCGUAAGGAAGCUAUAAACGACUCAAUGUUUGCUCUUGAAUCAGGAAUUAAAGCACUUGAAUUUUUUGAAGAUUACUAUCAAAUAGCCUUCCCAUUGAAGAAGCAAGACAUGAUAGCGAUACCUGAUUUUGCUGCUCGAGGUAUGGAGAACUGGGGAUUAAUCACGUACCGUGAAUCAGUUCUUUUAUACAACCCAAAAGCCUAUACUAUCUACCAAAAAUGCCAGGUUGCUGCAAUUGUUGCCCAUGAAUUAGCGCAUCAAUGGUUUGGGAAUCUAGUAACAAUGAAGUGGUGGAAUGAUUUGUGGCUAAACGAAGGAUUUGCUACUUUUAUGCAAUAUAUGGGAGUUGAUGCGAUCAAUGGCAAAAGCUUUCGUAUGGAUGAAUAUUUCAUAUAUUUAUCACUGACAAAUGCGUUAUAUAGAGAUGCUCAAUCAACAUCGCAUCCUUUAUUAUUUUCAAUUGAUAAGCCGGAAGACGUUAGCGAAGUUUUCGAUAGUAUCACAUAUGAGAAGGGGGCAUCCAUUAUUCAUAUGAUUGAAAAUAUUUUAGGAGCAGAAAAUUUCAAAAAAGGCUUAAAUAUUUAUCUCGAAAAGCAUAAAUACGGUAAUACAGACCACGAUGAUUUGUGGGAAUCAUUAAAUAAUGUUGUACCAGAAGAACUAAAAGCUUGGGAUGGACAGAAAUUUAAUAUUCAUUAUUUCGCUUCUAUGUGGACUGAACAGAUGGGUUAUCCAGUAGUUGAAGUUCGUCGGCUAGAUUCUGAAACAAUUCAAUUGCAUCAAAAUCGGUUUAAGUGGAGCGAAACUACACUGGAAAAGGAGAAAUAUCGCAAUGCAAAGUAUAAAUAUGACAUACCAAUUUGGUACCAAAUAAAUAGUGAAGAAAAGCCAAUGACAUGGCUUCAUGAAGCUGAAAUCAUAGGCGUAAAACCGCACGACUUGUUUAUCGUAAAUAGUCAAUCAAGAGGCUUCUAUCGAGUGAAUUAUGAUCAAGCUGGAUGGGAGCGAAUUAGAGAGCAGUUGAUGACGGACCAUACGAAGAUUGAUGUAAAGUCUCGAGGUCGUAUAAUGGCUGAUCUAUUUGCAUUAGCUGAAGCAAAUAUAGUUCCCUAUGAAUUAGCGUUAAAUAUCAGUCUGUAUCUGAAAAAUAUAAUCGGUAUGUAUUGCGCUGUUCGAAAUCUAAAUUGCACGCAACGAUUAGCUCGCCUUUUCGAAGAAAAAUUUCUUGAACAAUGUGCAGACAGUGACCAGAUGAGUAGUGACUGUAGUCGAGUGCCGCUAUCAAUUCGAGCCUUGGCUUAUUGUGAAGGCGUUAAACAAGGAGCUGAAGAUGUCUGGAACAAUGUUCAGAAAAUUUAUAGCCGCGAAAAAAUUGAGGUUGAACGUCAACGAUUAUUACAAGCACUUUGUUGUUCGAGGGACUCGUUCACAUUGAAAAAACUCUUGAACUUGGCCGUAAAUGUUAGCGACACAACAAUCCGUUAUCAGGACACUUCUCGAGUCUUUGCGAGUGUUGCUCGCGAGAGUGUUGGAAGCCUUCUUAUGUUCAACUACCUCCUAGACAACUGGCAAUGCCUUUAUAACGAGUUAAUUCGUUUGCUAAUUAAUAGGUGGUAG